AUGCUCUCGCUAGCUACUCGCGCUUGCAGGAGGCAUGCGCUGUACUCUCAAGUAUCUGCUAUAGCUGCUGCUCAAAGAUGCUUGAGCUCAUCCUCAGCUAUUCGCCCCGUGAACCUGUCGUACAAUGUCGUCGACCCUCCGGCUGGCUGCGAUGACAACAGGCCCCUGGUGAUUCUACAUGGGCUUUUCGGCAUGAAGCGCAACUGGCUUGCACUAUCCAAAGCAUUCGCUAGGGAUCUUCGCCGGCCUGUGUACUCACUUGAUCUCCGCAACCAUGGAGAGUCACCUCAUGCAACGCCCAUGAGCUAUGAGGCCAUGGCCGCUGAUGUCUUGCACUUUUGCGAAGCGCAUGGACUAUCGAACAUAUCACUACUAGGUCACUCAAUGGGAGGCAAAGUCGCCAUGACGGUCGCGCUAUCACCUGAUCUGCCCGAGAGAAUAUUGCGAGAGCUCAUCGUGGCAGACAUCGCUCCUGCGCGGGCAGACCUCUCUUCUGAGUUCCAGGGCUAUGUAAAGGGCAUGGUCGAGAUUGAGGAAGCGGAACUCUCGUCCAGACAAGAAGCGCAGGAAGUGCUCAAGCCUUACGAGCCUGACGCGAUGACCCGGGCGUUCCUCUUGACAAACCUCGAUCCCCAUGCGCACCCUGUACGGUUCCGCGUCCCGCUAGACAUUAUCGGGCCAGCAAUCAAAGACAUUGGCUGGUUUCCUUACGCUCCCGGAGAACGCAAAUGGGAGGGCAAGACGCUGUUCAUCAAGGGUACCAAGAGCAAAUAUAUCAACCGUCACAAUAUUCCGCUGCUCAGUCAGUUCUUCCCAAACAUGCGCAUGGAGGAACUGGAUGCGAGUCAUUGGGUUCACGCCGAGAGGCCUAACGAGUUCAAAGCACUGGUGACCAGCUUCAUUGCAUAG